UCACUCGGCCAGCCUCGGGACCGGUCACCGGCCGGCAACCGUCCAGCGGCCUCGACCGUCGCCUCCAUGCUCCGUCCUCACUCCUCUUUCCCGGGCCGAGAGGCAGCGUGGCCGACAGUGGCUGAAUUCUCUCUCAUUCCUGUCGGCGGUUCGCCUCAGGCGAGCCGUCUGCUCCUCGGGGGCCGCCUCGGUGGGGCUAGGUUUCCGUGACGAACCUCCUGGGGCUGCCCGCGCCCGCUCGGGCCGUCGUGUCGGCUCGGUUUUGUGGAACUUGCUCACCCUCCGGCGGUCCGGGGCCCUCGAAGUUAUGCGUCUCGUCCAGGAGGUGGCGGCGGGUGCCGGCUCCUAAAGGCGUCACACCCGGACUCCGCUGACUGGGCAACCUCCAUUCAUCUUCCAGCUGCGCCGCCAGCGCCCUCUCCCUCUCCCGUCCCCUCCUCGGACUCAUUUUUUCCUUCCCGCCCCUCUGCCGUGCUUUCCUCACUCCUUGGGUGCGGUGAUUCUCCUGCGACCGGAGGUGUCGGUUAUGAGCCGGACACCCCUGCCCUGAAUUUCUCCGCGGAGGAGCUCGGCGGCACCCCGCCACCCGCCGCGUCCCCGGGAUGGGGGUGAAUGCUGUGCACUGGUUCCGAAAGGGGCUUCGGCUUCACGACAAUCCCGCCCUGAAGGAGUGUAUUCAGGGCGCCGACACCAUCCGCUGCGUCUACAUCCUCGACCCCUGGUUCGCCGGCUCCUCCAAUGUUGGCAUCAACAGGUGGCGAUUUUUGCUUCAAUGUCUUGAAGACCUUGAUGCCAAUCUGCGAAAAUUAAACUCUCGUCUGUUUGUGAUUCGUGGACAACCAGCAGAUGUGUUUCCCAGGCUUUUCAAGGAAUGGAACAUUACUAAACUUUCAAUUGAAUAUGAUUCUGAGCCCUUUGGAAAGGAACGAGAUGCAGCUAUUAAGAAACUGGCUACUGAAGCUGGAGUAGAAGUAAUUGUACGAAUUUCACAUACAUUAUAUGACCUAGACAAGAUCAUAGAACUAAAUGGUGGGCAACCACCUCUUACUUAUAAAAGAUUCCAGACUCUCAUCAGCAAAAUGGAACCACUAGAGAUACCAGUAGAGACAAUUACUUCAGAAGUGAUAGAAAAGUGCACAACUCCUCUGUCUGAUGACCAUGAUGAGAAAUAUGGAGUCCCUUCACUGGAAGAACUAGGUUUUGAUACAGAUGGCUUAUCUUCUGCAGUGUGGCCAGGCGGAGAAACUGAAGCACUUACACGUUUGGAAAGGCAUUUGGAAAGAAAAGCUUGGGUGGCAAACUUUGAAAGACCUCGAAUGAAUGCGAAUUCCCUGCUUGCUAGCCCUACUGGACUCAGUCCUUAUCUCCGAUUUGGUUGUUUGUCAUGUCGACUGUUUUACUUCAAACUGACAGAUCUCUACAAAAAGGUAAAAAAGAACAGUUCCCCUCCCCUUUCCCUUUAUGGGCAACUGUUAUGGCGUGAAUUUUUCUAUACAGCAGCAACAAAUAAUCCACGCUUUGACAAAAUGGAAGGAAAUCCCAUCUGUGUUCAGAUUCCUUGGGAUAAGAAUCCUGAGGCUUUAGCGAAAUGGGCAGAAGGACGGACAGGCUUUCCAUGGAUUGAUGCCAUCAUGACACAGCUUCGUCAGGAGGGUUGGAUCCAUCAUUUAGCCAGACAUGCAGUUGCUUGCUUCCUGACACGAGGUGACCUGUGGAUUAGUUGGGAAGAAGGAAUGAAGGUAUUUGAAGAAUUAUUGCUUGAUGCAGAUUGGAGCAUAAAUGCUGGAAGUUGGAUGUGGCUGUCUUGUAGUUCCUUUUUCCAACAGUUUUUUCACUGCUAUUGCCCUGUUGGUUUUGGUAGGAGAACAGAUCCCAAUGGAGACUAUAUCAGACGUUAUUUGCCUGUUCUAAGAGGCUUCCCUGCGAAAUAUAUCUAUGAUCCCUGGAAUGCACCAGAAGGUAUUCAAAAGGUAGCCAAAUGUUUGAUAGGAGUUAAUUACCCUAAACCAAUGGUGAACCAUGCUGAGGCAAGCCGUUUGAAUAUUGAGAGGAUGAAACAGAUCUAUCAGCAGCUUUCACGAUAUAGAGGACUAGGUCUUCUUGCAUCAGUGCCAUCUAAUCCUAAUGGGAAUGGAGGCCUCAUGGGGUAUUCUCCUGGAGAAAAUAUCCCAGGCUGUAGCAGCAAUGGAAGAAGAAGCUCCACGUGCACUGGUCUCAGCAGUGGGAAACGUCCUAGUCAGGAAGAGGACACACAGAGUAUCGGUCCUAAAGUCCAGAGACAGAGCACCAACUAGAAAACAUUCAGAAGGAAUACGGUUGCAGCAGAAAUUGGUGGGCAGUUCAGUACUUUUUCAGUUAAAUUAUUUUAAAAUGUUCUUCAUUGAUGGAAAACAGUUACAUAUUGAAAUGCAUUAUUUCUAAUAACAUUUCUGUAGUUUUUAACUUUUUAAUGAAUUUGACAUAGGACAAAUGGUAAUUUGUAUAUAAAGAACUUGGUAAAAGAAUUUGCUUAAUGUAAAUAUAAAUAGUCACAAUUAGUAUAGACCCAUCAAUAUAUUUUUGAUAAUCUUUCAUGUAUGGUAAAAAUUAAAGUGGCAAACUGAUAUUCUGAUAUAAAAAUCAAAGUUUUGAGAGUCAAUGUGAAAAUAUAGGAUUUUAGACUUUCUUAAAAGACUUUGUUAAAAUUUUAAGACAGAAUUUUUCUUGACAUCAUUAUUUGGUCUAACUUUGAACUCUUUGACAAUAAUGUUUCAGAAAACAUGUGUAAUCAAAAUUGGUAGUUGUAGCCUCCAUUAACAUAGACAAUAUAUAUUUUAAAGCUUCAUGUAUGCCUGUUUUGACCCAAAGUUGUAGAUAUCAUGGUAUCAUGUGUUAAGUUCUUGUCUCCCUUUCUUUGUUCAGUUACAGCUAAAGUGACUUUGUUAUUAAAGUAUAUGCAUAUAUGGAAUCCUGUGUACUUGGUGGUUGCUUU